AUGCCACAAAAUGCGGAAGUGUUGACCGGACGCCAAACUGGAGAAAUGGACUCCGUCUGCGAUUCGUGUGAAAUCUCGGUUUGUCACAGGAGCUUUUCGCGUGGACUCGGUGGACAUCGGGUUCGAGGGUAG